AUGCAUAAGCUUGAUCAGAAUGAACUAGCAUCUGUAAAUUCAAAGUAUCUACAUAAGUAUGAUAUAUAUAAUGCUGUGAGUUGUCAACGACAACAGAAAUUACAAAGGUUAUAUGAAAUUGAGAUACUACUCAAAACUUUGCAAAAUGAUAAAAAUAUUACUACAAGUAUAGCAACUAAACCUGCAUAUAAUGAUGAGCAUGAUCAAGAUG